GAGAGCGAGGUGGAGAGAGAGGGAGAGAUUCAGAUCAGCCCUCUGAGCUCAGCCCUGACAACAGCAACAGAUCCACGCUCCGAUGCAUCAAACUGCAUCCUCCUCCCUGAAUCGAAGUCCCGCUGCUGCCUGUCAGCGGCUCUGAUGCGGUCCAGCAUCAUCAUCACCAUCAUCCUUCUCUCUCCAGCAUCGAGAAGUGAAUGAGGAAGAGGAGGGCCGGCGGCCAGCAGGGAGGGGUCCUUUGAUUUCAGGGCUGCCUCCUCCUGGAUGGAUCCCGGCUGUGUGCAGGCAGCGAUGGCCAUGGGAGAUGUCUCGAAAAAAGCGUCGGCUCGGAACGUGGCGGUGGAGAGAAAAAACCUCCUGACGGUGUGCAGGUUUUCAGUCAAGACCCUGUUGGAGAAAUAUACGGCCGAGCCUAUUGAUGAUUCGUCUGAAGAGUUCAUCAAUUUUGCAGCCAUCCUUGAACACAUCCUCAGCCACCGUUUUAAAGGCUCUGGCAGCUGGUUCGAUGGUCAGAGGAGUUACUGGGACUAUGUCCGCCUGGCGUGUGGUAAAGUCCCCAACAGCUGCAUUAGCAGCAUCGAGAGCAUGGAGAACAUCAGCACCUCGAGAGCCAAGGGCAGAGCCUGGAUGAGAGUCGCCCUGAUGGAGAAGAGACUGUCUGAAUACAUCGCCACUGCUCUGAGGGACAGCAGGACAACCAGGAGGUUCUAUGCAGAAGGAGCCAUCAUGUUGAGGGAAGAAGCCACAGUGCUAACAGGGAUGCUCAUAGGUCUCGGAGCCAUAGACUUUAGUUUUUGUCUUAAAGGGGAGGCCCUGGAUGGGAAAUCCUCCGCAGUGAUUGACUAUACGCCAUACUUGAAAUUCACACAAAGCUACGAUUACCUGAGUGAUGAUGACGAUCGACACAGUGUUGACAGCAGCACGAGUGAUGACAGCGUCCCUGAGCAUCCUUACAUCCCGCUGGUCACCGACGAGGAGAGCUGGAGCACAAAGUGCCGCAAGAUGGAGCAGAGGUUCAAGAUCGUCAAUGCCCAGAAGGGUUACCUGGAGGAACUGGUGCGCCUGCGUGAGUCUCAGCUGAAGAACACCGAGACCGAGAACAAGAGGCUAAAGGCCCGAGUGGAGGAGCUACAGAACCAGAGCCAGCAGGAAAAAAAGGAACUGGAGGCCAUCGUCCUGGAGCUUCAGGAGCAACUGACAAGCUUGAUUCCAUGUGACUCCAGCCACUUGGCCAAAAACCUGUCGAUCCCCCUCGUCAACCAGUGGCCGACGCUGGAGCCGUACAACAGCCACGAGGACGUGAAGCUGUUCCGCAGGAGGAGUUUUCCGAGCACAGAGCUGCUGUCGGUGGAGGUCAGCCUUGACUCAGACUCCCAGAGGAUUGAGGGAAAACAGAACGGAGGAGCCUGGUGCACAGAAAAGGACUACACCCCCUCCAUGAUGGGUCUGUGUGGGUCUUUGGCCUCCCUUCCGAGCUGCAAGUCUCUGGCCAGCCUCAAGUCCAGCGAGUGCCUGGUGAACAUCAGCACAGAGAACAGUCCUGCUCUCUCUCCCAGCUAGGGGGCGCCAAAGAAGCACUGCCAACCACCUAACGGACACUGAGACAAUUCAACUUGAGAACAGGAACGACUGCUCUUGGUAGGCGGACAGAUGCUCUCUUUCGUGAGUCCCUUUACCUUUUACGCUCUGAGCCCAGCACUCUCUCAGCUUUGGCACCUUUCAAGCGUUUGCAGAAGAGCAGCCUCCCUCUCCGACUGUCCGACGAAGACGCAGGAAAAGCUGCUGUACCGCCUCAUGGCCUCCUUUACUUUCAUCGUCUUGAUAUGAUUAUGCCUCCUGGAAUGCAAACAGCUGGUUUAGGUUUGACCUCUGUGACAUCAUGACGCUUCAUUUUCGUGCAUCUGAACUGGUCACUCACUGUAGGGUUGUUCUGUCCAUUCGUCCGUGUCUUAUCAGUCUGUGAGUGUAUCAUCAUCUGCCUGUUGCAUAACGCUGCCAGGAUGGGUGAGCUGUUAUAACCUUUUAGGGAACAGAAAUGAAGUUUUAUCACAUUAUAUUACACUUUUAUAAGAAGAUGGAGAGAGAUCAAAGCAGAGGCUGAGUCUAAAAGGGUGGCCAGAGGGUUUAUUACGAAGAUUAUUUAAAAUGUAACAGAAUGACGGUUUAGGCCUUAUUCAAUCAAACAGUAGCUUAGAUACAGGAUGAUUUCCCAGGUUGUGACAUAGAAAAUGUGUCAGGGUGCCAAGGUUUGCAGAGUCACUACAAUGUGAACAUAAAAACAAAACACAUAAGACAAUAUCUAAUGCAUGCAAAUGCAAAGUGCAUUGUGACUAUGCAGAAGGAAUGUUUUCAUUGUCUUUUUCUACAAACCUGGCUGGUUAGAAUAGCAGGGCAGAAGUAGAGAAUGUGCAACUUGUGUGUCCUCAAAUGUUUGUCUUCAUUUUUUUUCCUGUGACUUUUUUUUCUUUUUAUAUUAUAAUUAAUUUCAUCACAUACUUACCUGUGUCAGUUACGGACAUGUAAAUUUGCAAUCUAAUGCAGUGUUGUUGAGAGAAGGGAAGCAUUGUGUAAUUUAAAACUGCAAUAAAACUGCCUUUUUUGAAACAUGAAA